AUGUACAUCCCGGGCUGGAGAUACACAAUCUACUCGUCUCUCAUAUCGUCUGUCAAGCUUUUGAGACGUAUGAAUGCCAUGGCACAGGAAGACAACAAACGGCUCAAGAGGGACUGGGGUUCCGUAGGCCCCCACAUGUACCGCCUGCACAACCAACAGGUGCAUGAUCUGGUUCCGAAAGAUCGACUCCUGGAGUACAACGUGAAGCAGGGCUGGGAAACACUUUGCAGAUUUCUCGAGGUCGGUGUACCAGACGCCUCCUUUCCGAUCCUCAAUGAGGGUGCCAGCAUCAAGGCUAUCCCCCUUGGGCAGCAGAUUUUCGGCGCGGUGGUGUGGGCUCUAUAUAUCGGAAUGGCUUGUGGGGCUGUCUAUCUCGCCACGAACCUCCAACUCUUCAGCACUUCUGGGCAAGAGCAAAUAACUGACUGGGUCCAAAACACAGGUCUGGAUAACGACUAG